GUUUGAGCAGUCGACGUUUGCAGCAGGCAAAUAGCGAGCAAGCCAUCUAGUAGGCCUAGCAGCCAUACAGUCGCUGAAACCUGAACAGAUAACAAGAAGUUUGCUGUUUAUCAGAUUGAAAGAAAUCAAUUUUUGUUGCAGAAAAGAGUGUAAGGAUGGAUCUAGUAAAAGAGACAGUUGCAAUAGUCAAGGAUCAUUGGAUUGUUACGUCAUUGAUGCUGUUCACUGUUCUUGUGUAUUGGCAUUAUGUAGUGAAUUUCACUGCACUGCAGCAGCUGGGCAUUCCAGGGCCUAAGCCUUUACCUUUUGUUGGUAAUUUUCUCCUCUUCCUCCGCAAAUGGAAAAGUCUCCACACUCUGUUUGAAGAAGGUCAUGCCAAGUAUGGAAAAGUCUUUGGCUUCUAUCUGUUGAAGCAGCCAUCAAUUGUGGUUGCAGACCCUGAAAUUUUGAAGCAGAUCAUGGUGAAAGAAUUUGAAAAGUUUCCUGGUAGACCCAAGCAGUCCAGGAUGGAUGCUGUAUCUGAUGUGCUAACUGCUGUGAAGGAGCAUUGGAUUAUUACGUCAUUGAUGCUGGUCACUGUUCUAGUUUAUUGGCAUUAUGUAGUAAAUUUCACUGCACUGAAGAAGCUCGGCAUUCCAGGGCCUACGCCUUUACCUCUGAUUGGUAACAGCAUGACAUUCAUUUGGAAUGGCAAAACGGUUCAUAAUUUCUUUUGCGAAGCUGGCAAGAAAUAUGGUAGUAUUUAUGGGUUUUACUUCAUGAAAGAGCCAAUGAUCGUUGUAGCGGAGCCUGAUAUUAUAAGACAAGUGCUGGUUAAGGAAUUUGACAAUUUUCACGACCGUCCGAAUGGUGAUAUGGAGUUUCCUGAGCCUUUAAAAAGCAUGAUGUCUGAGGUCAAAGGUCAAAGGUGGAAGGACAUUCGCAGUAUUAUGACCCCUGCCUUCACCUCUGGCAAACUCAAAGGCAUGAUGUACAUUAUGAACGAAGCUGGGGAUACUCUUCUAAAGAAAAUAGAAAAAGCAGCGGCAGAAAGGCAGGCAGUCGAUAUUUAUGAAUGGCAGCAGACAGUGACGAUGGAAGUAAUUCUUUCUGCCGCUUUUGGAACUCUUUCUGAAGCACAGACAAACCCAAAUGACAAAGUCACAACUUAUGCUAAAAAAGGAAUGGACCCGAAACCAUGGCCAAAUAUUGCAAUGAUGAUACCUUUUAUUGGGAAGAAAUUGUGCAAGGCAAUCAUUUUGGGCCGCUAUGGCUUUAGAUGGGGUCCUCUGAUUAAAAUCGCACAAAAGAUUCUGAAGGAAAGGCGACAAAUGGAAUUUGUCGCAAGAACUGAUAUGCUGCAAAACAUGCUAAAUUCCCAGCACCCCGAGAAAAAGGGUCAUCAGCUUACAGAGAAUGAACUAAUCGCCCAAAUGAUUAUAUUCCUGCUAGCUGGGUACGAUACUUCAAGCAAUGUUCUUUGCCUUACUUGCUAUCACCUUGCUCUAUAUCCAGAAGUCCAAGAUAAAGUGUACGAGGAGGUCAUGCGCAUUUGUGAAUCAAAAGAAACGACUACAUAUGACGAAAUUAAAGAAAUGGUUUAUUUGGAAGCUUGUGUCUCAGAAACACUACGUCUUUACCCACCAGGUUUCGUUACAACUCGUACCAUCGACAAAUCAUGUGUUAUCAAUGGUGUUCAUUUCAAAAAAGGCAUGGCUGUCCUCAUACCUUCAUACGCCUUGCACCGGGAUGAAAAAUACUGGCCCGAACCAAACGCUUUUCAACCGGAGAGAUUUCUUCCAGAGAAUAAAGAAUCUAUCACCCAAUUCACUUAUUUGCCUUUUGGCGAUGGUCCUCGAAACUGCAUUGGAAUGCGAUUUGCACAAAUGGAAAUAAAGACGAUCCUUGUUAGAAUGCUGCAGAAAUAUCGCAUGGUGCGUGGUCCUGAGACACCGGUGCCUUUGAAGAUGCAGCCAAGAGUCGUGCUGUCACCGGGUGAGCCAGUCUGGAUACGAUUUGAGAAGAGAGAGUAGAUUUGAACACGUCAGCUCGUUUUCACAGAAAUCCAGCUUAAAAAAAAGCUUAAAAUACUAGGUCUUUCAUUUGAGCAAGCUUGCUCUUUUUGCAGUAAUGUUUUUUGCAAAUAAUUGCAUACAUACAACAUCUGUUUUCAUUUCACUUUUGUUUUUGUUGAUCUAAAUUUAGGAUCACUGUCUUGCCUUUCAAUGAACAAUGCUCGUAGCUCAUUACUCGUAAAAUAAGUGCUUGUGUAUGUCUACAUAUAUUCAAUCAGCGAGAGCAGUCUAUUAAAAUAAGACUACUGACAGUGCCUCCCAUGUUGUAAUUCCGAAAGUAACUCAAGGAUCUGUUUUAGAGCCUAUACUUUUAACAUUUACAGAAAUGGGCUUCGUGUUUUGUAAAAAAGAUUGUUAAAUGUCUCUAAAUUUUAACAGAACUCUCUCAAAUUCGGAAUAUACCAUCGAUAACAGGCUUAGUGACAACAUUCUACGUAAACCCGGCCAUCUUUUAACAAAGGAGAUUGCUAUUACUAGCCAAGGAAGUAGCUUUAGAUUUAGAAAGAAGUAUCAACUUCUCUCUAAAUGUAGCUGUAGAUUUGGAUUCGAUGGCGUUGCAUACUUUUUAUCAAGGCAGCAUUCCCUGUUUUUGCAGAAUUUUCCGAGGGGUGAAUCACUUCUAAAAGUCUCGUAAACCUUUCAUAAAUUACCAAGAAAUCUUGAAAAUCUCAGAAUCUUAAAAAAAUUGCUGAAAUGUCAAAAUCUUCACAAUAAAUCGUGUAAUCCAAGAAAUCUCACCAAAAAUCUUGAAUUCUAGAAAAGAAAUCUUGAAUUCUAGAAAAGAAAUCUUGAAUUCUUGCAAAGAAAACUUGAAUAUUCAACAAUUCUGGGCAGUGGCUGAAAGAUUUUGCCAGAUCAUGAAAUAGUCGAAGCUUAUUAUCAACGAACUCUCGACACAAGUCUUUGCGGUUUAUGAAUGAAAAUCUCUCAUCAUAAACCUCCACAGCGUGCUGUAAAUAGACAGAUCGUUUAAAUAAUCGAUUAUGUGCUGUUGCUGUUGCAUUCCCAAUUAUCGGUUUUGCUGCAUGUCACGUGACGGUUACAUACCGGCAUUGUAUCAGACGUUGUAUUUUGUGCUGGGUGCAUGUACAUUGCAUCAGAUACUUUUCUAGCGUUUUCCUGAUUGGCAAUGAACAUGAACUAUAUUUCUAUUAACCUUAUUUAGAAAAAUCUAUUAUUUUCAUAAUUUUAACCUUUGCACCUAUUUAUUAUUAUUUAUAUAUAUCGUGUAGUGUAGAAGGGACACUCGCCGAAAGCUGUAGACGAAUAAAGUUGCUGCCGAAAUAAUUUGCUGUUGUC